CAUGAUCAUAUGACAACUACGUCACUCGCCAUCUUGUACUAGGAGUCACUUGCUUACUGUCUCAUUAGGAUUGUACACCUCAUUUCUUCAUAUUAUUUUCUAACUAGGAAAUACACAGACUCAAUCUGAAAAUGGUCGAUUACGAUAUGGAUGCUCCUCCUUAUGCUCCAUUUUUUGGAGUAAUGGGUGUCACGGCGGCUAUGUCUUUUUGCGCUCUGGGAGCCGCCUAUGGAACUGCGAAGUCCGGAACUGGAAUCUCUGCCAUGGCUGUUAUGAAGCCUGAAUUGAUCAUGAAGUCCGUCAUUCCAGUUGUCAUGGCUGGUAUCAUUGCUAUCUACGGUUUGGUGGUGGCUGUUGUUAUCAUCCAAGACAUUCCUUCCACUGGAUACUCUUUGUACAAGAGUUUCCUCCAUCUUGGUGCUGGCUUGAGUGUUGGUCUUAGUGGUAUGGCUGCUGGAUUUGCCAUUGGAAUUGUAGGCGACGCAGGUGUGAGAGGAACCGCCCAACAGCCACGGUUAUUCGUCGGAAUGAUCCUGAUUCUUAUCUUUGCGGAAGUGUUGGGUCUAUACGGGCUCAUUGUGGCUCUUAUCCUGUCUGUGAAAUCAUAAAAAUCUUUCAACAAACGAGACAGCAAAUCGCAUUAUACAGAUCUACUGAAAAUAAGUUAUUAUAGUAUUUCCUAUUCGAACCUAAGGAGUUUUCGUGUUCAAAAGUAGUGACUUUUUUUUUUCCUUUCUCCUUUCGUGUUAUAUUAGACAUAUAUAUGGUGUAGAGUUUAUUUGGGUGUCUAUGAAAUGCAUGACAGAUGUCUCAGUCAACCUGAUAGUGCAAAAUGCAUAAGUUUCUAAAGUAUUUAGUUAUUUAUUAAACUUACGCCCUAUUCUGUAGGAAGCACAAAUUAAAAAACGAGAAAGCAGCGUCUAGAUUAGCCAGAAAUGUUUUUCGUGUAAUUUGAUUAUUUCUUCUUCCUAUGAGGGGAUUGGUUCUUUCAAAAGUCUCAAUGCUUGAUGCGAAACCAUGAGUAACCAGUCCCACUGAAUACUUAAACUGCAAAAACUUUUGGUCCCUAGUAGAAAAAUAAAACUUCCUAUAAUGAAGAUUGGGGUCUUCAAGUGUGAGAAGCUGAAUAUCUGCGUCAUUUUUUAAUAUUUUUUUUUGUUUCAGUGCCAAUCAAUGUACGAAGACCGGGAUUUGAGAUUGGAGCACACUUUAGCGUGUGUAACAUAAUUUCCUAUCCGUUCCCUAUUUUUGUCUGUGAUGCAGAUGCUUCAAAUUCAUGCGCUUUCCUUUAUGGGAUGUGCUCAUCGCAGACUUGAUAAGAAUUACUAUCCACCUGAAAUAGUUGAUGAGAAGAAGAUGUAUUUAUGGAGAAAAAGUGGGUUUAAAAAAAAUGUAUAUGUUUGAAUAGGAUGUACAUCUUAAAUUUUUUUUUUUUAACGUAUGUACAAAUCCCUUCCUUUCCACAUAACCCAUUUUUUAUGUUAAUCAGGCACAUUGUGUUAAGCAGCUUCUUUGCUUCAUUCUUUUUGGUAUGACCCGUAGGAUAAUCAUAUUUUUGUAUUAGCUUUUGUAUAGUCAGUUGUGUCACUGUCCCUGUAUUGGCUGUGACACAGAAUGAAACUUCUGAUCCGCCCGGUUCUGCUUGGGCAUUUAAAAUUUACCGUCUUUACUUCAAGAUGUUUAUUUUUCUUCUUUGUGUUUGAAAGCCAUAGCGCAAAAGAAAUAUCAUGCAUAAUUCUGUCCCCUCCAAAAUGUAAUUUUUUGGCACUAAAACAUUUCACCUGUGGCUCUUCUUUAUUUCGUUGAUGGAAUUAAUGUGUAGUCUCCUCCUUUUUUUGAGAGAGUAAGUUUUUAAUUAAAGAUAUCAUGUUUAAGAUUUUGGUUUCGCUUAGUGCUAUGACCUCAGUUGAAAAUAUGAACAUUCCAAAUGCACAAAGGCUAUCGUUUAUGUUAUAGUUUUAUUUGUUUAAGUCAGUUAAGGGAGAUGGACCUUUAUUUUCGAAGUAAAGAAAUCUCAAGAGUCGCCCAAAACCCCGCCAGGCUACUAUGAUCUCCCUUCCUGGUUGUGCUUCAAACUUCAAAUGUUAAGUAAUUAGUUAGGGAUGGGCAGUAGCAGUAAUAUGGUGCUUCUACUGACAAAUUUUCCCGUGGGUCUUGCAGUCUUAGCAGUGACAGCUGACACGUUCUUAGGCUUUGUUGUCAGUUCAAACGCAUCUUCAGUUCUCCCCACUGACACAGUUCCAUCAUUUGUUGACAUUGGCUUUUGGUACGUGCUCUAAGUCUUACACCACUGUAUUUUCUUUCGGGUCUUUAUAACAAAAUUUCUUUUAUUAAUGUACUUGCUUUAUGUUAUUUUUAAUUAUUCUUCAUUAUCAUAAUUUGUCAUUUUUGUGAUUUGACAGUAAAGACAAUUCUCAUUCCUUCAUCCUCAUUGACAAUUUUUGUUUUUUGUUUGUUCAUCCCGUGAUGGAUCAGCUCACAAGUACAACAAUGUACCAAAAAUGGAAAAAGGGAAUUUUCUCACCCUUUGCUUUGUAGAUAUAUAAACCCUGUAGUGUACAGUGUCAGGAAAAGUGUGCAUGGAUAUGUAUCUGUUUUUUCUGAGGGGAAUGCUACAUCUACUAUAUGUGAAGAAUGCUUUAAGUCUACAAGUAGAGCUGUGAUAGUGAAGAUGUUUUCUCUGUUUAGUUUGUUUUUGUUCUCUGGUUGUUGUCACUCCCCCCCCCACCUUCCCUGUAUCCUAUUAUUCUGUGUGAAGCGUACAAAUACUUUGUGUAGUAGCCUAUGUGUGCACGUGGACCCACCACCACUGGAGCACGGCAACAUUUUGUUUCCAACUGCCAUGGUUCAUGGUCAAGCUGUGACUGUACUGUAGAUGCUCAUCAUCUAAAAGGGUGAACCAUUAAAAAUUUUUUUUUUUUUUUUUAAAUACUGGUACUUCCCCAUCCUCUAUGGUAGACUUCCUCAUUUGUAGAACUCAUCGGCAUUUGUGGAUUUUGUCUUGUCCGUGAUUUGGUGGUGUCUGUUUGCAGCCACUUGUGUUGUAAUAGGAAUGUAUGGAUUUUGUUGUUAGCCCUUUCAGGUGUAAAUCUUUUAAAUUCUAUUGAUGUGAAUUUGGUCAGUUCCGGUUUUCUAUUUUUCGUUCGAUGAAAACCCAUAUAUUCAUGUUUUGAUUUUCUUUUCUUCAAGCAUAUUGAUUUUUCAGCUUUAUGAUAGGUAAUUAUGAACAGAAACAGACAGGCUUGAAGUGCUGAAAUAUUUCUCAUAUUUUUGUUUCCAAUCGUUGCGGUACCUUCUUUAGAGAUACUGGACUCCCUUUUUAUACUAUAAAAGAGAUCUGAUAGUAAAAUGUUUCAUGACAUAGCAUUGAUCUGAAAGGGUUAACACAAUAAAAUGGUUUGUACAAUAGGUUAAUCUCUGCGUGUACAAUUUCUGGUCAGUAUAUUGAUGGUGAUGCUGCUUUGUGAGGAUGCUGAUGUCGACACCAGCUGCUGGAAGGGAUUUUGCAAAACUUAAAAGAUUUUGUGAUUGUGAGUCUGUAUUGCAGGCAUCAUGGAGAUCUCACAUUGGUAGUAAAUAUUGUCAAUGGUUGUAUGUGUGUGUCAGUCACUAUGGGUUAUAUUAUUUCACUUAUUUCAUCGGUGUCAUGCAGUUGCGUCAAAUAAAACAGGAAAUUCCUAUCAUG